GCCUUUAUCAACCGCGCAGUGGGGCACGGCAUCAGUAAUUCGUGGAAGUUAACGUUGACCGGACUUGAUCUCGAAACCGCGCUCUCAGUAGUGAACCUCGUGAAGAAUGGCAGAUGCACAGCUUCCCACCGUCCUGCAAAAGUUGUUCACUCACAUCGAUGCCAAUCGCACCAAGUAUAUCGAGGCGCUGCGGGAAGCGGUCGCCAUCAAGUCGGUCUCGGCAUGGCCGGAUUCACGGCCCGAGAUCUUCCGCAUGGUCGAUUGGGUGGCCGAUCGUUUGAAGAAGCUGGGCGCAACGGUGGAGCUGGCCGACGUGGGCAAGCAGAAGCUCUCCGAUGGUCGGGAGCUGGAUCUACCGAAGGUUAUCCUCGGCGUGCUGGGCACGGAUCCCGCGAAGAAAACCGUCUGCCUGUACGGUCAUCUGGAUGUGCAGCCGGCGAUUCUGGAGGAUGGCUGGGCAACGGAACCGUUCGUGCUGACGGAGAAGGAUGGCAAACUGUUCGGUCGCGGAUCGAGCGAUGAUAAGGGUCCGGUGUUGGGCUGGUUGCAUGCCAUCGAAGGUUUCCAGGCGAUCGGCGAGCCACUGCCGGUUAACCUCAAGUUUGUGUUCGAGGGCAUGGAGGAAUCGGGCAGCGAAGGGCUGGAUGAACUGUUGUAUGCGCGUCAAAAGGACUUCCUGUCCGAUAUCGAUUACGUGUGCAUCUCCGAUAACUAUUGGCUCGGUACGGAUAAACCGUGCAUUACGUACGGCCUGCGUGGUAUCUGCUACUUCGAGGUUGAGGUAGGCUGCGCAACAAAGGAUCUGCAUAGCGGUGUGUUCGGUGGCACCGUGUACGAGGCGAUGAACGAUCUAGUCUACCUGCUGGGCACACUCGCUGAUCGUGAAGGACGCAUACAGAUACCGAACAUUUACAAAGAGGUAGCACCGUUGCUAGACAACGAGCAGGCCAUCUACGAUGCGAUUCACUUUGAUGUCGGUAGCUACCGGCAGGAGCUGGGUGCACGCAAGCUGAUGCACAAGGAGGACAAGACGAAGAUUCUGAUGCACCGUUGGAGGCAGCCAAGUCUUUCCAUUCACGGUAUCGAGGGAGCGUUCUAUGAACCGGGCCAGAAAACGGUCAUCCCGAAGAAGGUGAUCGGCAAGUUUUCGAUUCGAAUUGUGCCAAACCAGACGCCCGAACUGACGGAGCGCUACGUGUCCGAGUAUCUGACGGCCAAGUGGGCUGAACGGGGUUCGCCAAACAACUUUGCGGUGCGAAUGGCUCACGGUGGUAAGCCCUGGACGGAGGAUCCGAACCAUCCUCACUAUCAGGCAGCCCGUACGGCCACCAAGCACGUGUACAAUGUGGAUCCAGAUAUGACGCGCGAAGGUGGUUCGAUUCCGGUCACGCUAACGCUCCAGCAAACGACGGGCAAGAAUGUGCUACUACUGCCGAUGGGAGCUUCGGAUGAUGGGGCUCACUCGCAGAACGAGAAGAUCGAUGUUCGCAACUACAUCGAGGGGACAAAACUUCUCGGUGCGUACCUGUACGAAGUUUCCAAAAUCACGGACAACUGAUCUUUUCAACGAUCUGCUCGAGAAUCUACAACCGAUACGCAUCACAACAGUGCAUUUGCAGCAUUUAUCCCUGGUUGGAUCGACGAACGCAAUGUAUCUAUCUCCUCACAUCACAUCGUUCACGGCACGGUGUGGUAUAUGAAUUGCACCAAUAAAAUAUGCUACAAAAUGUU